GAAAAAAAGCAAAUAAGCGAAGGAUCAGUCCGUGUAGAAGGAAUUUAAGGACUUAGUCCUUAAGGCAGCUGGCACGCUUUGAUUGGGUUGGGUUGUGUUUGUGUUUCGUGGUCACGAAAAAAAAAAUCAUUCGACAUAAACGUAGAAAAAAAACCUCUCGAAGAAACAGAAGACGAUUUUCGAUCCAUCUCGUUCCAUCUUCUUCCCUCGAGUUCCAAGGUUAAACAAACAUGGGACAAGACUAUAGCUACACCCAGCCUUCCUCAUCAGACGAGUAUGACUUGACCUCACUUCUUGAAGCUGAAGCGGUUUUGUACGCUGAAGAAGCUGAGAGUAGCUACAACAUUGGUGAGCCUGUUCAGUGCCCACCUCAGCCGUUUCAGUACUUAUGCGGGGGACAUACAAAUGCGGAGGAGAUGCGUGCCUUUGAGAGACAACUUAGUCUUCUCAAGGAUCAAGUUCGUGAGAGUGACCAGAAGCUGGCUAAGCUCGAGAAGACCCUGUGUGAUGAGUUAUGCAAGAAGACAUCAUGGAUUACAAUUCUUGGAGUUUCUCUUCUGCUGAGCCUUUUACUUUUAAUAGCGGUGAUAAUUCUUGGAGGAACAGCGAGUGGGAGCUACGAGUUCUACUGCUUUGGAUAAACAAUGCAAAGAGACGAUACUGGUGAACAAAGAGGGAAAUUCAUGGAAUGUGAGUUUGCGAUUUAGCGAAUCAGGCGGCAAGUAUUACAUCACAAGAGGCUGGAGAAAGUUCUGUCUCGAUAACGGAUGCGAGAUAGGAGACUUAUUUGCGUUCAAUGUGGUUGGAGAUGGGAAAACUACUCCAUUGAUGUGUGUAUGUCUGGAAAGAAAAGAGUGCUCUGAAAUACUGAGCAAAUACUUGAGCAGAACGAGUGGUGAGUCUUCAUUAGGUGGUCAUUCAUGAUCAUGUUGGAUUUUAAUAUUCAAUCAUCUUAUAAACUCUUAUGUGUAAUCUUUAUAUUUAAUCAUGUUUUUAUUUAGGAAUUAUUCUAUCUUUAUGUUUAAUUAUUGUUUUCAUUCUUAUAAAAAUUAUAUUUCACUAAACAAAAAAAAAAUUAUAUUUUUUUAUUCAUAAGGAUUCCAACUUCGGGUUCACCAUUGUACACACAUUUUUCACAAGAAUCCUUAACUAUUUUAAAAAAAAAAAUUGAUUAUUUAUUCCUAAGGACUCCACAAGGGGUAUCGCCAUUGUGGAUGCUCUAAGCAUCUUUUCCUCACCUGCGAUCCUUCGCCAUUUCUCCAGCGUCUUCCUCAGAAAUCAAUCCUUUAUUCCGUUUCUACCAACACAUAGUUUAAUCUAUUAUGUGUCUUUACAUUAUUUGUUUGCAGUACCUUCUUGUGGGAGCUACGAGUUCUACUGCUUUGCAUAAACAAUGCAAAGAGACGAUACUGGUGAACAAAGAGGGAAAUUCAUGGAAUGUGAGUUUGCGAUUUAGCGAAUCAGGCGGCAAGUAUUACAUCACAAGAGGCUGGAGAAAGUUCUGUCUCGAUAACGGAUGCGAGAUAGGAGACUUAUUUGCGUUCAAUGUGGUUGGAGAUGGGAAAACUACUCCAUUGAUGUGUGUAUGUCCGGAAAGAAAAGAGUGCUCUGAAAUACUGAGGAAAUACUUGAGCAGAACGAGUGGUGAGUCUUCAUUAGGUGGUCAUUCAUGAUCAUGUUGGAUUUUAAUAUUCAAUCAUCUUAUAAACUCUUAUGUGUAAUCUUUAUAUUUAAUCAUGUUUUUAUUUAGGAAUUAUUCUAUCUUUAUGUUUAAUUAUUGUUUUCAUUCUUAUAAAAAUUAUAUUUCACUAAACAAAAAAAAAAUUAUAUUUUUUUAUUCAUAAGGAUUCCAACUUCGGGUUCACCAUUGUACACACAUUUUUCACAAGAAUCCUUAACUAUUUAAAAAAAAAAAUUGAUUAUUUAUUCCUAAGGACUCCACAAGGGGUAUCACCAUUGUGGAUGCUCUAAGCAUCUUUUCCUCACCUGCGAUCCUUCGCCAUUUCUCCAGCGUCUUCCUCAGAAAUCAAUCCUUUAUUCCGUUUCUACCAACACAUAGUUUAAUCUAUUAUGUGUCUUUACAUUAUUUGUUUGCAGUACCUUCCUGUGGGAGCUACGAGUUCUACUGCUUUGCAUAAACAAUGCAAAGAGACGAUACUGGUGAACAAAGAGGGAAAUUCAUGGAAUGUGAAUUUGCGAUUUAGCGAAUCAGGCGGCAAGUAUUACAUCACAAGAGGCUGGAGAAAGUUCUGUCUCGAUAACAGAUGCGAGAUAGGAAACUUAUUUGCGUUCAAUGUGGUUGGAGAUGGGAAAACUACUCCAUAAUGUGUGUAUGUCCGGAAAGAAAAGACUGCUCUGAAAUACUGAGCAAAUACUUGAGCAGAACGAGUGGUGAGUCUUCAUUAGGUGGUCAUUCAUGAUCAUGUUGGAUUUUAAUAUUCAAUCAUCUUAUAAACUCUUAUGUGUAAUCUUUAUAUUUAAUCAUGUUUUUAUUUAGGAAUUA